AAUCGCCUGCACGGCUGCAUCGAUACAGUGAGCAUUGGGAAACUGGGCGUGCCCAGAUGUUUUCAGUCGUCCGAUGCUUUCCGCAUCUCUCUGCAUGAUGCAGAGCAUGUGAACUAGGAGCGGUGCGAACAGGAGCGUUUUUUCCCGACCAGGCAGCAUGAGUGAAUGACCAACUGGCGGAUGAAAACUUUCACCUAACGGUGAUGAUUGGCACGAUCAUCCGGCCAAUCCUCUCAAGAGGAUGAUAUAUUGUUCGAAUCCCAAUUUCCAAAGGUUCACCUGCACUAGGGAUUCAUAGCUCAAGGGGAUUUUUGAGGUCAUGGAACUCGAGCAGAAUGAUGGCGCAUAUAGUUGUGAGAUCAGACUGAGGGAGAAUCCUCAGAGGCGCAAGGAUAAAGUUGUUAUUGGCUGUGGAGCUGGUUUUGGAGGUGACAGACCAUUUGCGGCUCUCAAGCUUCUUCAGAGAGUAGAAGGGUUAGACUAUCUAGUACUUGAAUGCCUGGCAGAGCGGACACUGGCUGAUCGUUACCAACUUAUGGUAUCUGGUGAAGAUGGUUAUGAUUCUCGAAUUUCGGAGUGGAUGUCCUUGCUUCUACCUUUGGCUGUGGAAAGGGGAACUUGUAUAAUUACGAACAUGGGUGCAAUGGACCCACUUGGUGCACAGAAAAUUGUCUCCAAUAUAGCCACAAAUUUGGGGCUUCAUUUAACUGUGGCUGUGGCAUAUGAGGUUGCCCUAACAAAAUCAGGCUCAAGGUCCUUGGUUGGCUCAGAAGGUGGUGCCAGCACAUAUUUAGGAGCAGCUCCCAUUGUCCAAUGUCUAGUGAAGUACCAACCACAUGUUAUAAUUACAUCACGGGUUGCUGAUGCAGCAUUAUUCUUAGGCCCAAUGGUCUAUGAACUAGGGUGGAAUUGGAAUGACUUAGAGUUUCUGGCACAAGGAUCUCUUGCUGGCCAUCUUCUGGAGUGUGGCUGUCAACUCACAGGAGGAUACUUCAUGCAUCCAGGGGAUGAGUACCGAGACCUAUCAUUUGAGCUUCUUUUAGAUUUAUCACUUCCUUUUGCUGAAGUUGAUUUUAAUGGAAGUGUAUGUGUAGCAAAGGCAGAAGGCAGUGGAGGGGUUUUGAAUUUUAGUACUUGUGCUCAACAACUUCUCUAUGAGAUUGGAGAUCCAGCCUAGCCUGAUGUGGUUUUAGAUUUUGGAAAUGUUUCUUUCCAUUCAAUAUCGAGAGACAAAGUUGCUUGUCUUGGUGCAAAACCAUCUGUUCAUUGCAUCCCGGAUAAACUUUUGAAGUUAGUUCCAAAGGAUUAUGGAUGGAAAGGCUGGGGAGAGAUAUCAUAUGGAGGAUAUGGAUGUGUAAAACGUGCUAAGGCAGCUGAGUUUCUGGUUAGGUCAUGGAUGGAAGAAGUACUUUCUGGUGUUAAUGAUCGUAUUGUUUCCUAUAUUAUAGGACUUGAUAGCCUGAAAACAACCAACAUCGGUGAAGCCAAAUUGUUGGAACGAGACUGUGAAGACAUAAGGCUACGCAUGGAUGGACUGUUUGAGCAGAAGGAGCAUGCAGUUCAGUUUGCAAAAGAGUUCACUGCCUUAUAUACAAAUGGACCAGCUGGUGGUGGUGGGAUUAGCACAGGGCACAAGAAAGAGAUAAUUCUUGAAAAAGAACUGGUUGGACGUGAAUCUGUGCUGUGGAAAACCGGGGCUGAAGUCACUGAAGUUAUGGACUCAAGCCAGGAGACCAGCCCAAGAGUGAAAGACCAUAGUUCACAUGGGACACACUUGCAAACAAGCAGGGAGAAAAAUGCAUUUGGUGUUCCUAUGGAGUUGCCAUCACUAGAAGUUGAAGUUGCUCCUGCUCCAGCAGGCCAAAGGAUUCCACUUCAUCAUGUAGCACAUAGCCGGGCUGGAGAUAAGGGAAAUGACUUGAAUUUCUCCCUUAUACCACAUUUCCCUUCAGACGUUGAGAGGCUGAAGAAGGUAAUAACACCCGAAUGGGUGAAGCAAGUGAUCUCAAGUCUUUUAGAUAUGUCUUCCUUUUGUGAUCCUGAUGCCAUCAAGAAGAGAAACAGUUGGGUUAAUGAACACGUGAAAGUGGAGAUAUAUGAAGUCAAGGGAAUCCAAUCUUUGAAUGUCAUGGUCCGAAACAUUCUUGAUGGUGGUGUCAAUUGUUCUCGGAGGAUUGACCGUCAUGGCAAGACAAUAUCGGAUCUCAUAUUGUGCCAGCAAGUUGUGUUGCCUCUAUGAUUGUGCUGUGCAAGGUAUCAUUAUUGCUAUAGAAAUACUAUUCUAAGAGGUGCUCUGCAUUUUUCAUGCAACAUAAGUUUGAGAGUCAAUAAUUUGUGUAAAUAAGAAAAAAAUAAACAAGAUUUUUUGAGAGCUGAAUACUGCAUAAGUGUGGGUACAAGAAACUUGGAGUUCUCGUCUUCAGGCUCCAUAAAGUUGCAAAUGAAGGGAAGGGCAGGGCAGUGAAAUCAUUUUUAAAAAGAAAAUGAAAACUUUUGUGAUCAUGAUUGUGUAACUACCUUAAACUCUUACUAAAUGUGGUAAUCAUACUUUUCAAAUGGAACUAUAGCUUUACUUCUUAAAACCAAGGAAUUUGAUUGCCAGACUUGGAAUGAUUUCGAGUUUGUUACACAAUCCUUUUUGUAAUAAUUACGAAGGUUUCCCUUCUAGUAUUGAUUUGAUUUUAGUUCUUUUCUCUUUA